GUCUGAAAGGUGUGAGUGACCAGUUUCCAGUCCCCAGCUGAAGUCUCAGAAGUCACAGGAGCGUCAAAAUGAGCCGCAGUCCAGAGAGGAUAUCUUCAUACCGCCGGCAUUUCGAGGGCACCUUGGCCUCCACUCCUGCCUACCAGCUCCGGGUGUCCAGUCCCUCUCCCACCCGCAGGGAGACCCGCCACCGGUCUGCCAGCUGGAGCCGGAGUGGAGGGACGAUGGGGCGCAGGGCCAUCUCCGGUAAGGCCCGCAUGACCAGCAGUGUGAGUAUGGGAGCGCUGUGCUUUGGUAUGUCCAUGGGUCUUGGGCCGAAACUGGAUCUGGAUGCGGCUUCAGCAGAGAAUCAGGCCUUCAUGACGACUCGCACCUCUGAGAGGCAGGAGAUGGUGGCCCUCAACGACCGGCUGGCUGUGUAUAUUGAAAAGGUGAGAAACCUGGAGUCCAAGAACAAGCUGCUGGAGGCUGAGAUCGAGGCCCUGAAGAGCCGCCAUGUCAGACCAUCAGGCCUCAGGCAGCUGUAUGAGUCUCAGCUGAAGGACCUCAACAGGGAAGCCGAGGCAAUGAGAGUCCAGAGGGAUAUGUCUCUGGCAGCCAAGGAGGCCAUGUUGGGCCAGUUGGACAUGCUGAAGGCCAAAUAUGAUGAUGCUGUGAACACCCGGAAGAAGACGGAGCUAGACAUCGAGAAUCUCCGUCCGGAUGUAGAUAAGGCAACAUCAGCACGGAUCGCGCUGGAAAAACAGCUGCAAAACCUGGAGGUGGAGCUGGCCUUCCUGCAGAGAGUUCACAAGGAGGAAAUUGAGGAGCUGAUGCAGCAGAUUUAUUUAGCAACCACCAAGGUGGACCUGACCUUUGGCCUCCCGGACAUGUCUUCUGCUCUCAGACAGAUUCAGUCUCAGUAUGACAGCAUUGCCGCCAAAAACCUACAGGAAAUGGACUCUUGGUACCGGACAAAGUUCCAGGACCUGACCGAUGCCUCCACCAAAUACGUUCAAAGCACUCGAAGUGUGAGAGAGGAAAUCGCAGGCUAUAAGAAGGAUCUUCUUAGCAAGGAGCGUGAAUUGGAGGCACUGAAGACGAGGAAUGAGUUUCUGGAGGCUCAGAUUCGUGAUCUAGCGGAAAAAUACAAGAAGAAAGAGGAGGACUUGCAGGAGCGUAUAGAGGCGAUUAAGCUGGAUCUGAAGGUGACCAAGGAGAAGAUUGCGCUGCUGCUGCGGGAAUACCAGGACCUGCUGAAUGCAAAGAUGGCUCUGGAGAUAGAGAUCACCACCUACAGGAAGCUGAUCGAGGGGGAGGACAACCGUCUGAGCACCAUGGUCCAAAACCUGUCCCUAACUGGAGGCAGGCAUCUCACUUCCAGUGUUAGCGUGCACGCCUCAGCUUCGGCCUCUGAUAGCUCCGAUACUGCUGCCACUUCAAAGCUAGACGGACCCCCCAGUGCCACGACCAGCAGCAAGACUGAGAAAUCUGCGGGUGCUGCCAGAGUGGAGGUGGCCUCAUCAGACACCCAGACGGACGGUGACGUAGAGGAGCAGGCAACUGAGACGUCUGAGAGGAAGACUGUCCUCAUCAGAACAGUUAAGACAGAUGAGGACACUUAUGAGAGUGACACACAGGAGCGCACCAUCACCAUUUCUGGAGCGGCGGACGACACAGAUGAAGAAUAGACGCACGUCUCCCUGAACAACCUAUAUACUGCGCACCAAAGUUCCAUGUCAUGCUAUUUCGGUUAUUUUAAUGCUUUAAAAAUCCUAGAACUCAAUGUUGAAUUGGAAAGAAAACACAACCUGAACUCAAGCAUCAUGGAGAGUUUGUAUUAAGAAAGUAACACUGUGUUCAGUCGCUCUGCUCUGCCUGCUUUAACCCCUCUGCCUGCCUCACACUGCCUUUCUGCUCUU